GAAACACAGCCAGCACCAGGGACAGGGAAACACGGUCAGCACCAGGGACAGAGAAACACAGUCAGCACCAGGGCCAGGGAAACACAGUCAGCACCAAGGACAGGAAAACACAUUUAGCACCAGGAACAAGGAAACAAAGUCAGCACCAGGGCUAGGGGCAGGAAAACACCGUCACAACCAGGGACAGGGCCUUGUUUGGUUGUGAACUAGCAAUGGAGACUCUGCGAAUGCUAUUAUACAUGGUUCUUUGUGCCCUCAUAUGGCUUAUGUUCAUCGCCACGUACGUGUACCCAACACUGCGCACACCCGUGUCACAUGUCCAACAUCCUAUUUACGUUAUCAGGACAGGAAAGCCCCCUGUUGGAAAAAUGUCCGUCUCAUUAUCUUCUCCUCGAUUUCCAACACUAAUGGAUAGGAUAUCGGCCCACUUUAACGAGACGAACAUCAAAGAACUGCAGACAUACACUACGAAAUAUCUUAGUCCCAAACGACACAUCAUCAACUUUUCGGACUUCGACGUCUUCUUGGAAAAAUGCGACGUUCAAAUGUUCACGCUUCUGAACUCGUUUGGGAAGAGAACCUGUGACGUAGUACACACUCCCAUCAGGACGUACAGCGCAUGCGCUAUCGUGGGGAGUAGUGGUGCACUUCUGGGUAGUAGAUGUGGUGAGGAGAUAGACUCGCACGACUUCGUCAUUCGGCCUAACCUCUCGCCCACUCUAUUCUACGAAAAAGACGUUGGGAGCAAAAACAACAUGACGACUGUGAACGACAGAGUGUUAAAAGAAAUCAGCCAAGCACUAACAUCGACUGAGACGGCCGUGAAGAAAGCUAUGGUAAUACGUUUGACGGACCACCCGGGACUGGUAUUGAGUUACCCGUUGGAAGUUUUGCGUGCCCCGCCGAGAAAGGUGCCACUGGCGGAGUUGAAGACCGUUGCAAAGGCCGUCAGGGACAACAACCUCCCGGUUGUCGUAACUUUUGCGCACCAAUCAGUCAUGAAGAGUAAAAGAUUGUAUGCAAGUCAGAUCUGGGGUGGGAAGACAUGGAGUCUUCCCUCAACCGGCAUUAACACCUUUGCGCUGGCUUCGACCUUCUGUGACCGAAUCUCUCUAUACGGCUUCAACCCCAUUCAGUUUGACAAUAGCACUAAAGGUGCCGUCCCCUACCACUAUUACGGACUGGGCAAGAUGGACAACCCAAACCACAUGCUGUGGGAGGAGUUUGCCAUGUACCAGGACCUUCAUAAGAGGGGAAUCAUCAGACAUGUUAUUGGGAAAUGUAACCUCAAGUAAGGCCUACGUCACAUUUCCAAACCGGGGCCCGGCAGGGCAGCUUGCUUUGUUAUAUUUCAUCGAAUAAAUGUGUGGGGAAACAAAUUGAAAUAUGCUUAUCUUAUACCUCAGGUGAAAGAAUAAGCUGUAAAUUUUGAGUGACCCAUACUCAAGUGAAUAGUUUCAGUUUGUUUGUAAGUCAGUGAAUAACAAGAUUCUUUGUACACAACAAAGUAUUGUAUUCCACAGACAUUUCAGUCACAAUCUGUAACCUUCCUUAGGACAAUUCUGACAUUAACUUGUAAGCAGCGACACCUAUGCUGCAGUGCAGUAUGAACCAGUCAUAGUUGCUCUGGGGAAGGUGAGAGAUAAUGAUCACCUAAUUAUCGGUGGAAAAAAGCACUUGGUUGCGCACCAAGAAUCUGGUAUCCAGUGACCUGUACUGUAUAUGUACUUAAUUCUGUGUAAUGUACUUAAGACACAGCAGUAAAGUGAUAAAACUUUUAUUUCCAGUUCAAGUGGCUUCAGUAGAUGUAGCAAAUUUGAUAUGGACAACAGUACAUGUAUGUUAAAGACCAAGCAAGCAAGGGAUGUAUCUCCAAACUGGACUACGAAAUCAAGGAUAAUUAUGAUCCAAAACGCCAUUUUCUGCUGACAGAGCUCCAAACAUAUUACAUGGGGACUUCAAUUCUCACAGCAAUAAAUUUUUGAUGAA